GCAAGAUGAUGUGAAAUUUUCACUUUUUUGACGUAACUUGUUUUGAAUUUAAAUAAAAAAAAACUGCGUGAAACAACAAGACAACCUGUUUUAAAAGAUUUUCAGCUAAAAAAUCAUAUAAAAUACAAAAACAAAACAAGCUAAAGUUUAUCAAUGAAAAUCUAGAGCAGUGAGUUUUUUUGGAAAUAGUCUAGCAGUAAAAAGCCGUCUUAAGUGUGAUGAAGAUGAUGUUAUGAUAAGUAUAUUAAGGCUGAUGAUUUAACCACAACGACAAUAAGAUAGUAGUCAGUUGAGACAAUUUGGCUCUAUAUGGAGAGCAUGAGAAAUUGAACAAAAAGAAAGUGGUAGCAGGUAUUAAACAGAUUAAUAGACAAUUGUAAAACUCUCUGGCAAAAACACCAAACAAACAUUGUUGUAGUACAAAUUGCAAGUGAAUUCAGUCUUUAAACAGGUGGUUAUGUUGGAGGUAAUAGCCACCUGAACAGCGGUAAAACGAUAAUAAUUUUUGGAAUAUAUAAAUGAAUAUGUUGUGAUUUUAUUGUUUAAAAGAAAAGAAAAAAACUUUAAACACUUGAGCGAUUGCAAUUCGAACAAAAAUAACAACAAAUUAUUAAAACGACUGAAAUUAAAAAAAUAAAAACUUUCUUCAUGCACUUGGAAUAAAAUUGCAAUUUAUGCCAACUUUGGGUAAAAUUUCAAAUAAUUUGUAUUAUUUUACAACAACGAAAACAAAACGUUAAUAAUAAUUGACGCGCUGAGGUUGCAGCACUGCUUCGCACAAAAUUUAAACGCAGCUAAGGUAACGUACACAGGCGGGCAGACGGACAGACCGAUUGUUGUUACUUCAUAGCCCAGAAAUACCUCAAAUUAACAACAAUAACAGCAACAAAGAUUCAUUCAUUCAUCAAACAAAACAUACACACUCAAUCAGCACUGCUCCGACCAGCUAAGUUCAGUUGACGGCUCAAACAAAACGAAAAAAAAAGUGAAACUUAAAAACAAAAUUUUAGUUGCGCGUCUCAAUUCGUUUUAACAACAACAUAAACUAAGAAGAAAAAAAAAAGAAAAUAACCAUAUUAAACUUACAACUGUAACACAAGUACAGUUAGUUAUUUUACAAAGACGGACCCUACGCAUCUUUACCAAAAAUGGCCAACUCUUCUUCCAGCAGCACAACAACCCCAGGGGUUGAUAACAGCCUAAAGGCACCGGUGAAAAAACGUACCCACAGCACCAGAGAACAACUACAACAAAUUGUAUCUGGUGGCCUGGCAGCGGCCAUUACCAGAUCCACCUGCCAACCCUUUGAUGUGCUAAAGAUACGCUUUCAACUGCAAGUUGAACCUUUGGGCACUCAGGCAGUCGUCACCAAAAAAUCCAAAUACAUUUCCAUAAAUCAGGCCAUUAAAACCAUUUACAAAGAGGAAGGCCUCUUGGCCUUCUGGAAGGGACACAAUCCCGCCCAGAUUCUAAGCAUCAUGUAUGGCAUUUCACAAUUUUGGACUUACGAACAGUUGAGUUUGUAUGCCAAACAAACAGAUUAUCUUAAGGAUAAACCGAAUUUAUCCAAUUUCAUAUGCGGUGCUGUGGCGGGCAGUACAGCGGUUAUAGUCUCCACACCCUUGGAUGUCAUACGUACCCGCUUAAUAGCUCAGGACACUAGCAAGGGUUAUCGUAAUGCCACACGAGCUGUGGCGGCCAUCAUUAAGAAUGAGGGAGCGCGUGGCAUGUAUCGUGGUCUGUCGUCGGCCUUGCUGCAAAUUACACCCUUGAUGGGUUCGAAUUUUAUGUUUUAUCGUCUAUUCUCACAAUCGGCCUGUAAAGUUUUUCAUGUGGAGGAGAGAAGCCAAUUGCCCACUUGGACUUUACUUAUAAUGGGUGCUUCAUCCGGCAUGCUCUCGAAGACCAUUGUCUAUCCCUUUGAUUUGAUAAAGAAACGUUUACAAAUACAGGGCUUCGAAUCGAAUCGUCAAACCUUUGGUGAGAACAUACGUUGCACUGGGGUCUAUAGUUGUUUGCGUGAGACCAUUAAACAGGAGGGAGUGCGCGGUCUCUACAAAGGUGUAGCGCCCACUCUACUCAAGUCCAGUCUAACAACGGCCCUAUACUUUAGCAUUUAUGAUAAAUUAAAACAAUUACGCUGGUCCUCGCCCACCACAACUACAACAUCUUAGCACUUUGGCGGGAUAUGUUAAGUUUUAAUUUGUUGUUAAUUGUGUUUUGUGUUAGAAUUUGUUUUUCUAUUAUUUUAGCUUAAAAAAAAAGAAAAAUGUUAGAAAAGAAGAGAAGAAGAAAUAUAUAUAUGUAUACAUAUAUUAUUUAAUAUAGUUUUAGUGUAAAUAAUGUGAAUUAUUUAAGUGAUUGUGUGGUAACUUGUAAGUUAUUUUUUUAAAAAUUAAAUUUAACGAUAUUUUUCUAAAUGCACAAAUUAUAACUGCUUUAUUUUUUUAAGUGUAAA